AUGCCUGAGGUCUCCAAACUUCUCGGGGUCAGCACGCGAACUGUGGAAAGGCGGAUGUCAGAAUAUGGAUUAAGUAUCCAGGGAAGUUAUGAUGGAAUGAAUGAUAACCAGCUUGAUGACAUUGUUACUGGGAUACUGAAGGAUUUUCCAAACGCUGGAUAUAAAAGAAUGACAGGUCUUUGGCUCGCAAGAGGAAUACGACUCCAGCAGAGUAGGAUACGUUCUGCGAUGCAAUGAGUGAAUCCCGAGGUUUGUCUUCUGAGGUCACUUUAGUUAAACUUUCUUCACCGCCGAAAAUACCAGCUAUAUGGACCCUUGGCCCUUUGGCAUAUAGAUGAUAAUCACAAGCUUAUAAGGUAUGAACGAUGAGUGAUUUGCUGCUGGGCUAUUAAACUUUGGGCUAAUGUCACUAGUGCCAGAACUGUGUUGCCCCACUGAUGUAAGGUAAUCCAAGGCAGUCUUGGAUUGUGGAUUCCGAAUUGAAGACACUGGAUUCUGGAUUCCUCGUCAGUGGAACUUGGAUCCAGAUUCCAAUCGCUGGCAGGAUUAUGGAUUCCUUGUGCUGAAUUCUGGAUUCCAAAGCCCACGAUUCCGGAUUGUACCAGCAAAAAUUUUCUGGAUUUCAGAUUUCACAAGAAAAACUUCCCCAGAUCCCUGAUCCAAAAUCCGGAUUAACUUACAUGAGGCAAACUGUAAAUACUGCUCGUGACGUUCUGGCUCCACUCCUUUGAAAGUUUAACCGUCUUACGUAUAGAUACGCUGAGAAAGUGCGAUAAAAGUGCGCAUUAUUCUGACCUAUUAAUCUGUUUGGAUAGCUGUAAACCUAAACUGGUGCUUAUGCUUUUGUGGUAAUAGCGCAUUCACUAUUCAAACAAAACUAUAGGUCAAGUAGUUUAAUCUUUACCUAUAACCGCUAAAAGGGAGACCUUAGCUCAUUGAUGAUGAAAGCCCACAAUUACCAAAUAGAUUUGUUUUGAUGUAUGUUUGUUACAUUCCAUAGAUGGAGAAUAGUUAUACGUGGUGGAAUAGAUGGUUUCUCACGGUUAAUUGUCUACCUUCGAGCUGCUACAAACAAGAAAGCUACAACUGUUUUGGAAUGUUUUCAGUCUGCAGUAGAGGCCUUUGGACUUCCAUCACGUGUGAGGUCUGAUAAAGGAGGAGAAAAUGUGGAGGUGGCAUGGUUCAUGCUGAACCACCCACUGCGGGGUCCAAAUCGAGGAAGCCACAUAACAGGGCGGAGUGUACACAACCAAAGGAUUGAGAGGUUGUGGAGGGAUUUGUUCCUGGGUUGCACAUAUGUGUUCUAUUAUCUGUUUUACAGUAUGGAGAACUUUGGUUUGUUAGAUCCCUCUGAUGAAAUCCAACUCUUUGCAUUGCACUAUAUGUACCUGCCAAUGAUCCAAAGAAAUCUGGACCUUUUCAGAGCAGGUCACAACAGGGGCCCCUUGAGCACGGAGCACAAUUCUUCACCUGAGCAGUUGUUCUUUCAAGGAAUGUUGUCAGAGGCCAACAGUGACUUUAGAACAUCAGCUGAAUUCGCUCAUCAUGUGAGCAUUAAAUUUUUUUAGGCCUCACACCCUCCCAACCUUUGUCAGGAUGGUGCCUAGAGGAUUAUGAUAUGAUAUGGUUCACCACAAUUUUUAUUUUUAUUUUCCUCCUUUUAGCAGAAUGCAGCUGACACAUAUGAUAUAGAUCCUGAUGGACCUGCACCCUCAGAAGAAUGGGAUGGCCCAAUUAAUGACAAUGUGCCAUUUGUAGAGGUGCCGCAGACAGACUUUCCUCUAGAAGAUGAAACAAGGGAAAUAUGUUAA